AGUUGACGUUGACAGCAACAAGCAUUUGCUCCGAUUUGAAUGAUGGCAAAUACUCAUUGAUGCCAAGCAGUUAAAAUUAAUUAUAGAUGAUCAGAGCGACGUGUGUCCCUGAAUUAGCUUCUAAUAGACUUUUUUAAGUUAUUUUAUUUUGGCGAAAAUGGCUUCUUCUGAGGAGAAUAUCCUUGAGGAUUUAGAAUCAAUGAUUUAUAAUUUUCCACCAAGUGUCCAAGCAGUGAUAGAAAAGGUUCUUCCAAGUAACGAUCCACUAGAUCAACCAGAUUUCAAUCCUGUUGACUAUAUCAAUGCUCUCUUCCCAACUGAACAGUCACUCUCUAAUAUUGACGAUGUCAUUAAUAAUAUGGAGCAACAGGUUCAGACCAUAGACAAAGAAAUUAGAUCUGUGGUUAGAAAUCAAAGCAACAACAGUCAGGAUGGAAAGGCUGCGUUAGAAGAAGCUCAAAAGUCCAUAAGACAAUUGUUUGUUCACAUCAAAGACAUCAAAGCUAAAGCUGAACAGUCUGAGGAGACAGUAAAGGAGAUAACUAGGGAUAUUAAACAGCUUGACUUUGCCAAAAAAAAUCUUACGCAGUCCAUAACUACCCUCAAUCAUCUACAUAUGUUGGUUGAUGGAGUGGAGACUUUAAAAGAUUUGACAAAGAAGAAGCAAUAUGGAGAAAUUAUUAUGCCGCUUCAAGCUAUUAUGGAAGUUAUGCAGUAUUUCAACAUUUACAUGGACAUACCACAGAUAAAAGAAUUAUCUGAUCAAGUGCAGCAAAUCCAUGUAGAACUAGCUAAUCAGAUAACAACAGACUUCAAGGAAGCUUUUUCUGGGCAAAAUCCUAAGCAUUUUGCUCAACUGACAGAAGGCUGUCUAGUUCUCUCUGUUUUAGAUCCUAAAGUCAAAAAGGAACUCCUCACCUGGUUUGUCUCGAUGCAACUCCAAGAGUACACCCAUCUGUUUGAUGAAAACCAGGACUUUGCAUGGCUGGACAAGAUUGAUAGGCGCUAUGCUUGGAUAAAGAAACAUCUGCUAGAUUUCGAGUCAAAGUUCGCCAGCAUAUUUCCUCAAGACUGGGAGGUCUCCGAACGCAUCGCCGUCCAAUUUUGUCAUAUCACUCGCGAAGAUCUGUCCAAGUUGAUGCAUAAGAGAACACCGGAGAUCGACGUCAAGCUACUGUUACAGGCUAUUCAAAAGACUACGAACUUCGAGAAUCUGUUGUCGAAAAGAUUCCUCGGUGUUACCUUGGAGGACCAGAACAAGCAAGAGAAAAAGCAAGCUACCGGAGCUACUGCUGGAGCUAUAGCUGUCGCCACGGGGGAUGCUAAUGCUCCGGGUAAUCCUUUCGAGACAGAAACCACGGAGAAGUCCCAGGUGGAGCCGGAGAAACCAAUGGCAUCGCCGUUCGCCAAUUUGAUCGGCAAGUGCUUCGAGUCCUAUUUGUAUAUCUACAUCGAGAGCCUCGACAGAAAUUUAUCCGAGCUCAUCGAGAAAUUCGUGGCGGACUGCAAGGCUCACCCACCGGGUGCCGGAGCCUACGAAGGAAACGAGGGCCCAAGCAGUGUACUAUCUUCCUGUGCCGAUCUCUUUGUCUCCUAUAAAAAGUGCAUGCUCCAGUGCACGCAGCUUAGUUCCGGAUCAAUCAUGCUCAGCCUGGCUGAGACGUUCCAGAAGUAUCUGCGCGAAUAUGCGGUGAAAAUUCUACAGAAUAAUUUGCCGAAAAUUGGCGGGGCCAGUAUUGGAUCAAGCGUAAGCAGUAUUACACGAGAAUUUAGAGAUUUGUCGACUUCGGGUUUUAUCCAGAAUUUUCAAAGUUUCUUAAAGGAAGGCGAGAGCGGCAGCAGAUUUAGCAAAGAGGAGCAAGCUCGUAUCUGUUGUAUCUUGACGACCGCCGAGUAUUGUCUCGAGACAACGCAACAAUUGGAAGAGAAACUUCGAUUAAAAACUGAUAAGAUCUAUGCUGACAAGAUUAAUUUGUCUCAAGAACAGGAUAUCUUCCAUGGGGUAAUAUCGAAUUGUAUCCAACUGCUUGUUCAAGAUUUGGAAUUAGCAUGUGAACCUGCUUUAAAUGCCAUGAUAAAGAUGCAAUGGAGUACCAUCGAAAGUGUGGGGGAUCAAAGCGGUUACGUUAGUACGAUAGUUUCGCAUCUUCGUCAAACUGUACCUUCUAUUAGGGAUCAAUUAGCUUCUUGCAGGAAAUAUUUUACGCAACUUUGCGUCAAAUUCGUUAGCUCCUUCAUUCCUAAAUUAACUCAACAAAUAUUCAAAUGCAAGCCUUUAAGCACAGUGGGAGCUGAACAAUUGUUGUUGGAUGUUCACAUGUUGAAAACUGCCCUAUUGGAUCUUCCAUCAACAGGUUGUCAAAUUCAAAGAAAGGCACCAGCUACUUAUACUAAGGUCGUAAUUAAAGGCAUGACGACUGCCGAAAUGAUACUUAAAAUUGUUAUGUCACCAACCGAAUCUCCAAGUGGUUUUGCAGAACAGUGUAGAAAGUUGUUACCUGAUCUUAAGAUACCAGAAUUCCAAAAAAUACUAGACAUGAAGGGCUUGAGAAAAACGGAACAAGUGCAAUUAGUAGAAGAAUUUAAACAACGAUUGAGUAUUGACACCUCAGCCGAACUCAGAAGUAGCGUUACGCAAGAGAGCCCAGAACACGAGGCAGGAAGAAUAAAGAAGUUGGAAAAAUUGAUUAAAAAGAGAAUGUAAGACUAAUGAAAAAAGUCGAAAAUUGUACAGUUAUUUUAUAAGCCUACAUGUAUUAAGGUUGUAAUUAAUAUAAAAAAUACAACGCAAAGUUUACAAGAA